GCGUUAGUACAAGUCAUUGGCGCCACAGACACAAUUCAGCAAGCCUCGUCAGGGCAGGACAUUUGGAGUUGGUUGUGUGGUUAGCGUGAAAUUAUCUGUAAACUUGUUUUUGUUUAGCCAAAUCACCUCUUAGCAGGCAUGACGAAGCUGUCAGAGGGUGCGAUAGAGGCUCUCUCAAAUGGCACCGGUUGCAACAACGCUGUUCUCCAAUUAGUAAACAUUCGCAAGAUUGAUGGGGGAAAUGGUCCAGCUCGCUUUCGGGUAAUGAUGAGUGAUGGGCGGCACACUCUGUCCUCCUUCAUGCUCUCCACCCAGCUGAACGUCAUGGCAGAGGAGAACAAACUGGUCCCAAACUGCAUCUGCGUUCUGAAGAGGCAUGUGACCAAUGUACUGAAGGAUGGACGACGGGUGGUAAUCAUUUUGGAAAUCGAUGUCAUCAAGCCUGCUGAAGAGGUUACUGGGAGAAUGGGUGACCCUACUCCUUAUACCGAGGGUCAGACUAAAGCCCCACAGGCAGCAUCAAAGCCUGAAAGCCGCCCUCUGCAGCCACAAAAUAGAAAUGAAGUGAACAAUGCUUUCAAUAGAGACUUUGGGAAGAAGACCCUGUCUGCUCUGCCCAGUACACCGGGGGGCAGCUCCAAAGUUGUGCCCAUCGCUAGCCUCAACCCUUACCAGUCCAAGUGGACCAUCCGUGCUCGUGUAACCAACAAGAGCACCAUCCGCACAUGGAGUAACUCUCGUGGUGAAGGCAAACUUUUCUCCAUGGAGAUUGUGGAUGAGAGCGGAGAAAUACGUGUGACUGGUUUCAACCAAGAAGUGGACAAGUUCUACAGCCUGAUUGAGGUUGGAAAGGUUUACUAUGUCUCCAAGGGCUCCUUGAAGAUUGCCAACAAGCAGUACACAUCAGUGAAGAAUGACUACGAGAUGACGCUCAAUGGAGAGUCCACAGUCAUCCCCUGUGAAGACACCUGUGACGUUCCCAUGAUGCAGUAUGACUUUGUCUCUAUUGGUGACUUGGAGAACAGAGACAAAGAUUCUAUCAUUGAUGUGAUCGGAGUGUGCAAGAGUGUGGACGAGAUUACCCACUUAACAACAAAAUCGAACAGGGAGGUGUCCAAGAGGACACUCAGUCUGAUAGACAUGUCUGGGAAGGUGGUGACAGUCACACUGUGGGGCGAGGAAGCAGAAAAGUUUGAUGGCUCUGGACAGCCCAUUGUAGCCAUUAAGGGGGCGAAACUUUCAGACUUUGGAGGCCGGUCCCUCUCUGCAUCCUUCAGCAGCACACUGAUGAUCAACCCAGACAUCCCUGAGGCAUAUAAGCUCAGAGGCUGGUACGAUAAGGACGGCCACGCCAUGGACGGAGAGUCUCUGACGGAGAUGAAAGGUGGUGGUGGGGGUGGAAACACCAACUGGAAGACGUUAGCUGACGUUAAGACCGAGCACCUGGGACACGGAGACAAGGCAGACUACUACACCUGCAUAGCUACCAUAGUGUACCUGCGAAAGGAAAACUGCCUUUACCAGGCCUGCCCAAGCCAGGACUGCAACAAAAAGGUGGUAGACCAACACAACGGCAUGUUCCGAUGUGAGAAGUGUGACAAAGAGUUUCCCAACUUCAAGUACCGCCUCAUCCUUUCUGCCAACAUUGCAGAUUACGGAGACAACCAGUGGGUGACUUGCUUCCAGGAGAGUGCAGAGGCCAUCCUGGGCCAGAAUGCAGCUUACCUGGGACAGCUCAAGGACUCGAACGAGGCAGCGUUUGAUGAGGUCUUCCAACAAGCCAACUUCAACACUUUUGUUUUCCGCAACAGAGUGAAGCUAGAAACGUAUAAUGAUGAAUCCAGGAUCAAGGCCACAGUGAUGGAUGUGAAGCCUGUUGACCAUAAGGACUACAGCAAGAGGCUGAUCAUGAACAUAAGGAAGCAAACUGCCCAGUAGGGACCUGCGACCUAUGCAGAGUGUUCUCGUUUGACUUGCCUUUGCAAUUUUAUUUUGUUUCUCCUCUGAACACAAACAAAUUACAGAUUUUUGCUGUUACCUCCCAGUGAAUGCAAUGAAUGAGUAGUUGCGCACUAACAGUAAUUGUUCACCUUUUCUUUGUUGAAUAAUUGUGAACAAAAAAGGUUUUUCUUUCCUUGUGAUUAUUAUUAUUAUUAUUAUUAUUAUUUUGCAAUGUAAAGCAGAGAGUGGGUCAGUAAGCCACAAAAGAAAUCACUUUGUUGUAAAUCGGCCAAUUUUUCUUGCCUGUGCUGGGUUCAUGUGGGAGUGGUGGCUGUUGUGGGCACGAGCAGCGCAGUAGCUAGCACUCGUUUCACCCUCUGCCGCACACUCAGAAUGGCUGGGCUGGACCUGCACAUCCCUGAUAAGACAGUUUACUCUCCCACUUUUAGUGGCUCAAUCUCUCACAUCCUUGUGGACAUAAGCACAUAUACACAUGCAUAGUCCAGGAAAAUGUACUGCAUUAUAUAGUUGCAAGGUGAUGUUCAUAUUUUCAAUACCUUUAACUGUUUUGCGAGUUCUGCGGUUUGUUUGUUUUUUUUUUUUGUUGUUGUUGUAUUAACUGUGAGAAUAAAGAUGUUGUCUAACUGUG